GCUGCGUAACCAAAGUGCAAAAAAUUCCAGAAAUAGCGUAGGAAUUAAAUAUUGUGUGUCUCAUACCCUGUCACCCUUAAGAAGAAAUUUGUAUUCAUUUCAGCGAAGCUUUUGACACCCGACUAAAUUCGCGGGAACUUUGUAAAAUAGACUGCUACCCAAAGUGUCGAGCAUCAUUAUUCACACACAAGAUUGCCAGGGACACAGGGCACCAUCCCAUAUAUUUGAUUCUCAAAAUGGCGUCUGAAUGCCCUGCCUCGACGUCAACGUCAACUGAAACAAGGAUUUCAUGUUACAGUAAGCGAUCUCAAGAGGCAGCAAACGAAAGAUUAUUUACCGCCAUUGAUGGAGUAAUCGGGAAGAAUACAGAGUGGUCCGAGGAGCAGAAAGAUCGACUUAGACGGAGGUUUCGAGAGGUGUACAAGAAUUCCCUACAUGAAAACUGCACUGUUGACGGCCAGUCAUGGGCCGAGGCUGUUGAUGAUGCCGACACAACAAAAGAAUUUGAGCCAGUGGAUCUGAAGAAGAAAGGCGAUGCUGAGCAGAUGGCCGCUGAUCUGGAUUCUCUGAUUGUGGUGACAGUAGCCAAGAGGAAAGAGUUCCCGCCAAGACUGAGUCAGCAACUGGCCAAGAAGCUUCGAUGUCAGCACACUGCUGCAGAACAGCACAAGCCAGUCAUACCAAAGGCCAUUGAGGACCACAGCCCAAUACUGUCUGUACAAGAUGAGAAGGAUAUCUCAAGCCAUGUAACCACAUUUAGUGAUCAAGUGUCUGUUCUGUCAAGGUUAUUGCCAGACCUGGAGGACAAGGCCGGCCGGAUCUACGAAUCCCUGAAUAUUCAUGCCAGUUUAGCCACCAACAAAACCCAAAGAGUUAUCACCCAACCCGCGAAGAACGAAUCCAAGAUGGCGGCCUCCUUGACACCCCUCAGGACCCAAGCCGAAGCCGAUGAGACACCCACGGCCAUCCCACAGAAUGAUGCUGCUGCAACGAAGAGGCAAAAGCUGACCGCUCAGAUCCAUAAUCACCCAAUCAAACGCUACAAGUCCAGACCUACAGACGCUGUCAAUCCCACAUGAUGGGGGUGGGCUCAUUUUUGGCAGGGUUUUGUUUUUGGUUCUGUUUUUGCUUUUCUUGGGGGGGGGUGGUGGUUACUUUCUGUUUUACUUAUCACUAUGCACGUAGAAUUGGUACUGGUUUGUAAAGGGACGCCGUUGUUGUAGUGGAGUCCAACUCAGACGUGUGAGUUACUUGCUACCAAACUCAUAACACUGACGUAAACUUAACUUGGAAGUCAGGAACACAUGCCGGACAAACCAAAUGUGCUUCAGGCAUUGAUGAAAAGUGCACUUUUAUUUAUUUAGGUUUUGAUUUGUUUUCGAAAAUUUACUUAAUGUGCCUUUCAUAUAUAAAUGAUAGAUUGACUGAUUGUUUUAUAAGAUGGAA